CACACGCUGUGCACCGCCUGCCUGCGCGAGCUGGCCGCGCGCGGGGACGGCCCGGCCGCGCGCGUGGUGCGCCUGCGCCGCGCCGUCACGUGCCCCUUCUGCCGCGCGCCCUCCCCGCUCCCGCGCGGCGGCGUCGCGGAGAUCGCGCUGGACCCCGGCCUGUGGGCGCGCUUGGAGGAGAAAGCCCGGGCUGAGCGGGAGCCGAUGGGGAGCCCGGCCAGGGACAGCGCAGACGGCGGAGGGGACGGCGACGACGACGGGGAAGAGCCGCGCGGCGAGGGGGCGGGACCUCCGAGCGCGGGCUGGCGCGCGCUGCGCCGGAUUUUAACCAGGGUCCUGGCGCCGGCGCGGCGCUUGCGGCGUCCGUUGCCUAGCAAUGUGCUCUACUGUCCGGAGGUCAAGGACAUUGCCCACAUGACCCGUUGCACGCUGUAACCGAGGAACCCGGGGUCUAUGGCAGAAGGCAGGUGGGAGCAGCGUCCUCGGGCGCGCUCCAGUACAAAGGGUUGAUGUCAAGACUACUCCCUGUGAUGCCGGAAUUGGUACGUGCGUGAUGGAGUUAACAGACAGUGCCCUGGGUGGAGCGCCGGAGGCUCCCGGAGUGUGUCAGCACUGCAUGCUCAGGAUGGAGCGGCCGAGGGAUAAUGGAAACCAAGCCUGCCGUGGUGUGGGAAGGAAAAUACAAAGCUGUAGCCUUGGCGUUCGUUCAGGGAGGCUGUUUUGAGCAACAGAUCCCAUUUUAGCAGUGCUCAGUGGUUGAAAUGUUUACUUAAAAAAAAAAAAAAUACAGGACGGGGGAUAAGCUAAUUUUCACAUCAGGUCAGUCUCACUCAUCUGGUUCUAUGUGUUUGCUGGCAUCUUCCUACUCUUGUUCCGUGUUCCCGAAAUGACGGAGACGCCUCCCUGCUUAGGAUUGGAGGCCUUCAGCUUGAUAAGGCAGGUAUGAAAACAUCCAGAGGCAUUUCUGUGAGGCCGUAGGUAAGGCUUAUCAAAGAUGGGUGAGCCACUGAAAAAGGAAGCAAAACUUAACCUUUUCUGUGCUAGCUUUACAGACUCUGUAGCAAUACUGGGGGGAAAAAAAAAGCUCACAUAAUUUUAUAUUUGUGUCCCAUAAUGGGACAUUGCUUAUUAUAUGUGAUUAGUUCUAUUUUAAAGUCCUGUAAAUAUCUUACUGUAUGUAGAUUUAAUCAAGACCAGCAGCGUGUUGGUCUCACAGCUUGCUAGAAGUGCAGAAUUCGGGACCCCAGCCCACAUUCCCUGACAGCGUUUUUUAUAACCCCAGGUGGUGUGUGUAAGCAGCUCUGGUUUAGACUUAGUCACUUUGGGGUAUCAUUGUCGUCAUCUGUGGGUGGAACAUUUAAAACACUGAUGACGCAUUGCUUUUGAGUUCUAAAGUGACAUUCUAUUGUGAAAACAUUUUCUGAGCUAAAAAUGUGAAUUUACAAUAGACUUCUUCAAGAUCUUUUUAUUGACAAAUAAUGUAUCAAGUUGUAGAGUAUAAACCUCCGUUUCUAAAAUGUUUUGUCACUUUCCUGUCUGUAAGUUUCAGCUUUAAAUGUUUCCUUUUUGGAGGCCAGCAUGUAUCUGUUGUAAUGUGCCUUAUUUUCACUAUUCUCCGUAGAUGUGCUGCCAAAGCAAAUGCUACAUUUCUUCUGGUGUUUUGUUUCUGGAGCGUAAGCUCCCAGUGACUAUCUCUGGCCAAUAGCAGUGUUCAUGUGUGUGUACUCAGUGUUCAAUCUAUUUUUAAUGUAAUGGUCUCAAAAAUAAAGUAUCUGGGCUCACUCAA